AUGAAAGCUAUCCCACUUGACGCACUCCUGCUGAGAGAGAUGACAAACUCUCUUGCCAUCUUGCGUCGUGACAUGACCACUGUCAUGAAAGACGUUGCUGAUAUCAAAGCAAAAACUUCGAACACUUCUGUAUCUGCUGUUUUGCAGAGUCAGCCGAUGGCUUUAGUGCAUGCUGUUGCUCCUGUGAGCAUGGAAAUGAAUGUAGCUGGUUCUCCCACUAUGGCUUCUGAUGCAAAAUCAGUCAACAAAACAAAAGCCUAUAACACGGCUGUCAACUUCAACCAGUCGCCAAACACUGAGUUGACAGAAAACCUUGUUGCCUACUUGGAAAGAAAUUUUGUAGGAGCAGGACUGAGAAAAAGUGAUGUUCGUGACUUUGUCUACACGAACUUCACUAGCAGAAAACGUGCAGCUAAUAAGUCUCAGGCUAAAAAGAAGUCAGACAAUGCUCACAACAGACAUUGCAAAAGGAGGGUGGAUUCUGUCGAAUUUUAUUUUUUGAAUUUUGGCAAAAUUUGGAAAAAUAUUUCAAACACCAUCGUUUUUCAAUAUAUUUUUUUCUUGAGAUGUGAAUUCGCAAUUUUUUCUGAUUAUAUUAAAUAA